UAGUCUAGUCUUUUUAGAGUUUCCUUUAGGGGUCUGGCUUGAUGGGCCCUAUUAGUAUUCCCGUCCCACGGGUGCGCAGUGUUGCCAACCACAGAGCCACGUCAGGCCUGUAGCAAAUGCUCGUCUUCUUUCUGCCUCGCCAAGGUUAGAGAUAGGCCCGCCCGACAGGCAGGAAACACUAAAAGAAAAAGAAAAAGAUACUCAGAGCCGGACUGAAACUCCCGACGCCAGGGAUCAGCUUCAGAUUUUUUCUCCUAAAAGUGUAGGCUGCGACUUAUUUUCUCGGCGCACAUACACACAUACGGCGUUAUUUUGUCCGCAUAGAACAGGAGCUGUACAGGAGGAAAAUAUUUUUUAUCGCCCAGUACUUGAUGGAAACGCACAAUCAUAAAAAAUGGUUGCAUUUGGAGACCGUCUGUGAAUGCGAUCUGACAUCUGUACGUGAGAAAGAACACUUCUGCAAGCUGGACUCCUUUCGGGCGUGAAAAGUCCUCGCUGUACACCUUUAUAGCGGCUCGGGAUUGAAGGUGACUUGAGCCCCGACGCAGUCAAGGCAAUGCGGAGAGGAGCCACAGGCGCUCAUCCUCUACCUUUCCUUUGCCCUCAGGCUCGUCUGGGAUUUUUUUUCUCCCCCUCCCACAAUGAAUAAAGGUAGCGACAAAGAGCAAUAAGAAUUAACCGAGCUUCAGUUGGCGAAGGUGAACCUAGUCUGUAAGGACAGAAUAAGGUGAACGGUAAAGGGUGCAGGGUGGUCAGGUAGGAGGAGAACAGCGGUGGAGGAGUUUUUUGUUGUAUUUGUUAUAUUAGUGCCUGGGAUCGGACAGAAUCGUUCCGUCUUGGGGCUGUUUUAAUAGUGGAUGUGUAUGCAUGAGUUCUGCAUCGAAUGGGCGCAAAAACCGCCCCAGAUCCGCCGGGAACAUCUUCCAGAUCGGCAAACCUCCGUACCGAGACCAGCAGCGGAGGGAGAGCACCGAGAGUACCCGCAAAGCCCAGCGCGCCGUGGCCGACUGCAGAAUGUUCAAGCUCAAGUAUGCCGUGCCUGGUUAAAUUUUAUUUUUCAUGGAAACGUACCCAAAUCACUUCAAGGACAAGUUCUUCAGCAACCUCUGCCAGUAUCAAGAAGAAUUUCCUGAAAGACUUCAUCCAAUUAGGGAUUGUUCAAGAAUUCAACACACUUGUGGCUUUGUACCGUGAGCUGGUCAUCUCCAUCGGUGAAAUCACUGUUGACUGUCCUUCUUUGCGAGCCGAAAUGUUGAAGACCCGAACCAAAGGCUGUGAAAUGGCGAGAGCAGCACACCAGAGUCUCUCCUUGAUUUCUGGGCCAGAGGACGGGGAAAUCCACCCUGAGAUCUGCAGGCUCUUCAUCCAGCUGCAGUGCUGUCUGGAGAUGUACAUCACAGAGAUGCUGAAAUCUAUUUGCCUGCUGGGAUCCCUGCAGCUCCAUAGAAAAGGUAAAGAUUCAUGUUGUCCUCCUGGAGUGGACAUCAAGACUGAGGACUCUGACAUCCCCAUCCUGGAGGACACCUCUUCCUCACCCACUGAUUGUCCUCAGGUGUGCUGGCUGGUGGCCACUGACAUAGAAAACAUUGAAAAAGAUAUGAGAGAUAUGAAGAACCUUCUAAGUAAACUCAGGGAGACAAUGCCUUUACCACUGAAGAACCAAGAUGACAGCAGCUUGCUGAACCUGACUCCCUACCCUCUUGUCCGACAGAGGAAAAGGCGCUUCUUUGGGCUCUGCUGUCUGGUAACCAGCUAAAGUCCCCACCUUCUUGUGUAGGAGGCGACAACAAAGACACCAUCACCCACUGUCUGUCACCAGUCGUGUCUCCCAUCGAUCUACUACUGCCACUUUCAAAUGUAUUCUCUCUCUUUUUUUCAAGGCUGCCCAUUUUCUAAUUUUAUUUUGUUAUACAAAUGAAAAUUGUAACUGCAAUGUAAUAAUAUAAAACAUAAUCAUAUAUUUUAAGAUAUUUUGCAGAAGCUUUUUCCAUUUUUUGGCUUGCCUUGUCUAACUUAAAAAAAGAAUGAAAGAUCAUCUAAAACAAUGUCACUGUUCGAUUAUUACUACUGUCCCGAAUAAGUGAGAUACGGAUUCAUGUUUCAAAAAGGGAAUUUAAAUGUCUGUGCUGUCAGGAAUAAUGUGAUAAUGCAUGAAUAAAUGCAAUAUGAAGGCUAAAGGCCACAUUCCCAGAGACAAAGGGAUGCUUUCGUUGAAUAUUAGAUGACAGGUUUGUGCAGAAACGUUUGUUGUGUACUACAGUCUCCGUUUUCUGUUUCUUGCUGUUUUUCCUUCUUACUGUGCUUAAUUUACAGUCUUCCAUAAAUUAAGAAUCUGUAUCCAACUUUCCAGCUUCAAAAUGAAAUAUAUGAUACAUUACUCAAAGGAAAACAUAUUUGCACACAAUAUCUAUCUAUAAAGGCAUUAGACUUGUACAUACACAUACUCUUUACACAAGGUUCUCAAUUAUUUUCAAAGCUGGAGUUGGUUAGCAAAGAUUACUAGUUUUGGGAUGGUAACUGAAGGGAGGAUCUCCUGACUGAGGCAGCUGUGCACUUAAUAAAAUAACAAAUAAGGAUAGGGUAAUAGAAGCUGUAAUAGGUCAUUUUACAUUGUUAAUAAAACUUUGUUAUUGAAACCA